AUGUCGUCCAUGCGAGGAUUGGUCCAGUUCAUCGCGGACCUGCGCAAUGCGCGCGCGCGCGAAUUGGAGGAGAAGCGCGUGAAUAAGGAGCUGGCCAACAUUCGACAGAAGUUCAAGGCCGGCAAUCUCAACGGCUAUCAAAAGAAAAAAUACGUCUGCAAGCUGCUAUACGUCUACAUCCAAGGCUACGACGUCGACUUUGGACACCUGGAAGCAGUCAAUCUCAUCUCUUCAAAUAAAUACUCCGAGAAGCAGAUCGGCUAUCUGGCGGUCACCCUGUUCCUGCACGAGGAGCAUGAGCUGCUCCACCUAGUUGUCAACAGCUUUCGAAAAGAUUUGCUGGAUAACAAUGAAUUGUUCAAUUGCUUGGCGCUGCAUGCCGUGGCCAACGUGGGUGGUCGGGAGCUUGGAGAGGCACUGGCGACUGAGGUCCACCGACUUUUGAUCUCACCGACGUCCAAAGCGUUCGUCAAGAAAAAGGCCGCCCUCACAUUGCUUCGACUCUACCGCAAGUACCCUGGGAUCGUCCGGAACGAAUGGGCUGAGCGAAUUAUCUCGAUUAUGGAUGACCCUGACAUGGGUGUCACACUGUCCGUCACCUCGCUCGUCAUGGCGCUUGCCCAGGAUAUGCCGGAGGAAUAUAAGGGCAGUUAUGUCAAAGCGGCCCAGCGGUUGAAGCGAAUUGUGGUUGACAACGAUAUCGCCCCUGACUACCUUUACUACAGGGUACCGUGCCCAUGGAUCCAGGUUAAGCUGCUGCGCUUGUUGCAGUACUAUCCCCCAUCACAAGAUAGCCACGUUCGCGAGAUCAUCCGUGAGUCUCUUUCACAGAUCAUGCAAGCAGCCAUGGAGACACCCAAGAAUGUCCAGCAGAACAACGCUCAAAACGCCAUCCUUUUCGAAGCCAUUAAUCUCCUCAUCCACCUCGACUCUGAGCACACUCUUAUGAUGCAGAUCUCCUCUCGCCUGGGCAAAUAUAUUCAGUCUCGCGAGACCAAUGUCCGAUACCUAGGUCUGGAUGCGAUGACCCAUUUCGCUGCUCGGGCGGAAACACUUGAUCCUAUCAAAAAGCACCAAAACAUCAUCCUCGGCUCUCUCCGAGACCGAGACAUUAGUGUCCGCCGCAAGGGAUUGGAUCUGCUGUACAGUAUGUGCGAUACGACCAAUGCGGGCCCGAUUGUCAACGAGCUUCUGCGCUAUCUGCAGACUGCCGAUUAUGCCAUUCGUGAGGAGAUGGUUUUGAAAGUUGCUAUCCUUACGGAGAAGUACGCCACCGAUGCGCAGUGGUACAUUGACAUGACAUUGAAGCUGCUCUCGCUCGCCGGCGAUCAUGUCAACGACGAGGUCUGGCAGCGAGUCAUUCAGAUCGUGACCAACAAUGAAGAGCUGCAGGCAUAUGCAGCGCAUACACUUCUCGCUUACCUGAAGACCGAUUGCCACGAGAGCUUGGUGAAGAUUGGCUGCUACGUCCUGGGCGAGUUCGGCCACCUGAUUGCCGAUAAUUCCGGAUCGAGCCCUAUUGAACAAUUUCUGGCCCUGCAGGCUAAGAUGUUCAAUGGAUCUGAUAAUGCCAGGGCCAUGAUCCUCUCGUCGUUUGUCAAGUUCGUCAACUUGUUCCCUGAAAUCAAGCCACAGCUCCUGCAAAUCUUCCGCUUGUACAGCCACUCCCCUGAUUCCGAGUUGCAGCAGCGAGCGUUCGAGUAUCUCUCGCUUGCAACGCUUCCCACGGAUGAUCUUCUGCGGACCGUCUGUGAUGAGAUGCCCCCCUUCUCGGAAAGAACAUCUAUCCUUUUGUCCCGACUGCACCAGAAGACAGCCGGAACCAGCGAGAAGAAGACCUGGGUGGUUGGUGGUAAAGACGCCAAUGCGGACAAGCAGGAAGUUCUCAUGGCCCAGAACACUGGCCUCAAACGCACAUUUACCACAAUCGUCCAUGGCACGCGGACCGGGUCCAACGGAGGAACUCCUACCAGCGCCACCAGUGCAUCCGGCGACUUGGCCGGGCUGGACUUCAGCGGACCAUCGGCUCCUCCUCCAAAUCUAGCCAGCGCCGCUCACUUGACGCCGGAUUGGGACAUUGGCUACAACCGACUCUACUUCUCGCAUGAGGGUGUGCUCUUUGAGGACGCACAGAUCCAGGUUGGACUGCGUUCCGAGUACCGUGGCCAUAUAGGUGUCGUCAAGAUGUACAUUUCCAACAAGUCGACCUAUGCCAUCAAUUCCUUGACUACGACAGUGGACAAUCCGGCCUCUCCAAACCUCAAGGUUGACACGAAAAGUCUGCCAGACUCAAGCGUCCCGGCUGGCGGUCAGACUCAGCAGACUCUCUUCUGCGCUGCGCAUGGCCCCUUCGCAGACGCACCAACCAUCCGUAUCUCCUACCUAGCCGGUGCCUUGCAGGCAUACACUCUGCAGCUGCCAAUCUUGAUGCACCGGUACAUGGAGCCAUCGUCUCUCUCUGCCGAAGACUUCUUCAAGCGUUGGCGUCAGAUUGGCGGUGAGCCCCUGGAAGCGCAGAAGACGUUCGGACUGAGCGGGAAGAACAAGUCCAUAAACGAGGCGUAUACCCGGCACAUGGUUGAAGGGUUUGCGUGGAAGAUCUUAGAUGGUGUGGAUCCGAACCCUAAGAACAUUGUUGGCUGUGGUGUGUUCCAGUUUGAGGGCGGCAAGACGGGCUGCUUGUUACGAUUGGAGCCCAACUAUGAGAAGUCGAUGUACCGAGUUACAAUCCGCGCCACGAAAGAAGGCGUGCCACAGGGACUGGCGCGGCAGAUGGAGCUGAAGCUGUCUCAGGGAACUACAGCGGGUUCGUAUGACUAG